CCUACUUGCAGAACACUAAUUCGAUAAAAUGUUUGUAUAAUGGUGAACUCUAGUAUUUUGUAAUUACAUUAUUCGUUGAUAUUUCUGAUAGCUUGAAUAAGGGUUCUGUGUUUUCCUUCGCUAUGACGCAUGUUCGUUGUUAAUUACUGUUCCUGAUGAAGUCAGCGUAUGAAUGAAGGGAUUUUUAAGAGAAGAUGAUAAAAAUGCUUAAUGCUUCUUGAACUGUUUCUGUUCAAAUGAAAUUUGAGUUUUUUCGCAAUUGGUAGACAAAAUUAGUAACUAAUGUUUUGCCAUCAACCGAUUAGGGAGAUGGCAAUCAUGUUUUUGCAUGUAUUUGUAUUCAUCUUAAAGGCCUUCCAUGAGGUCAGAAGUAAGAAGAAUUUGUGUUUUUUGAUAAUGUCUUGAAAAUGUCUAAUCAAUGAGUUUCUUAACGUUACGCUAUCAGUUAAAUGCUUAUUUCCACAUUUCGCCUGUUUAUUUUUUUGCACAUGCAAUCAUUUUCAGUCAGCCUCGCUAUGCAGUUGAAAGCGGUACUUUUUCUAUGUAUUUUUGCAACCCUUGAGCUCGUUAGCUCACAGGCAACCAAAACCGCCCUUCCAUUGAACUGUGUUCAAACACAACAGGCUGGAACAUGUAAGCUUCGAUCAAUCAAAGUCCUGGAAAAAGAUGUCAUUGAUAAUAAUACUCGUGCCACUGCAGAGAAGGAGAUCAUUUUCGAGAACUCCCAAUUGGAGUACAUUCCGGAACUUGUGUUCAACAGGUUUCCUCAGUUGGAAUCAUUCCGAGCAAUCGGAGUAGGAUUGAAAAAGCUUUCUGUGGAUGCAUUUGCCAAAUCACCAAAGUUAAAACACUUAGACGUAUCGAUUAAUUCGAUAGGCAUCCUACCGCAAGAUGUGUUCGGAGCAUGUCAGAACCUGGAAGCGGUCAACAUGGCUCAAAACCGGUUGCAUCUCUUCAAUGGUAUCGAACUUAUUGGAUGCAACAAGCUUCGUCAGCUGAACAUCUCGACAAAUCAACUAAUCUUCAUCAAUUGGGAUCCGCUGAACGAUUUGCGUCAGUUAGAACAAAUCGACUUGAGCAACAAUCUAAUCUCAACUGUCACAAUACCGAGACAUGUAAAGCGAAUCGUAGCACGUAACAAUCACAUUCACAAACUGACCACGGAUAAACAAUCCUUCAUAUUUCUCCUGGAACAUUUGGAUGCAUCGCAUAAUCGGUUGAGCAACAUUCAUGCACUCACACGCUUCGGCAAGAUGACCUACAUCGAUCUCUCGUACAAUCGUAUUCUCAGUGUAGAUUUUGCUUUGUUUAAAAACAUGCCAUCCCUCGUGGAGUUGAAUCUGGCCCAUAAUAACAUAUUCGCCGUGACGACGUCUGAUGUGAAGCUCGUUCCGCUUGAGUCGGUAGAUCUGUCAAACAACGAGCUAAGUCGCUUAUCAGUGCACGAUUGCAGAGGAUUCUCGCAGGCGCAGAAACUGCUCCUGAACAAUAACUAUUUGGUCAAGUUUGAGGUUACGAAAGGAGCAACCAACUUUCCGAGGUUGCAAACGGUUUCGCUUAAUGGAAAUGAUUGGGCUUGUUCAGAUAUGGAAGGAAUGCUCACGCAACUUGGUGCGAAGAAAGUAGCUGUGAAAUCCAAUGAUGAGAUGUGUGGAAGUUAUCAGGUUAAGAAGAGAGGUUUAUGCUGCCGAGACUUGGGUACUACCUUCGACGAACUUGUUAUGCUUGAAUCACAAAAAUUGUCCGAGAUAUUUCGAGCGGAUAAAGACAAAGUUGAACUUUCAUCAACCGUCAAGCCAUCCAUGACGGCAAGUCAAAAGCAAGUAGCAGUUCCGGUUGUUACAGUAAGUACUCAACAACCAAUCUCCCGAUAUUCCGAGGAAGUUCACGAUCUCUCGAAAUCAUUACGUGAAACUAUGAGUCGUCUGGCCAUUGCGGAAGCGGAGCUCAAAACUGUAAAUGGGGAGAAAUCAAGCUUGAAAAACUCACUGGAUCGUGCCCAGAACGAAUUGAAGACUCUGAGCGAGAAACUGGCCCGGUGCAAAUCUACUGUGAAUCAACGCACCGGGCAAGCGGUAAUAAUCGACUAGGAAUUUAUUGAUGUGUGACCUCACCUCUGUGUGUUAGUGUUUAAACAACCUAAUAAAAGUUUGCACGUUGGUUAGUUUUUUUUUGGAAUAUUUAAAUAAAAAUGAGCUUGAUCACAUCCUUACACAUCCACAGGAGCGUUGUUAAGCUGCUACAUCAUCAUGGGUUUGCAUUAAAAACAUUGCCCCAGUCAAGAAUGAUGCUCGAGCAUGAUGCAUAUCCAAAAAGAAAUGCAGUGAUAAAAGGAAUACAUUUGUUUUUGAAUAUGCAUUUGAGUGUUUAGAGACUGUUGUAAUGUACAAAUCCCAUGAAAACUUCGUUAACAUGUUCUGUAAUUCAUACAUGGGAAAGAACGAAACUAUUUUGACCAAUAGACAUGGGGUGAUUGAAGGGUGGAAGUGGUACUUUGGUAAACAACUGAAUGAUACAGAGAUAAUCAU